CUUGAGACCGCAUCAUUUACGGGCGAUUGUCCUUGGCACCCUGCUAUUUCGCGCACCGCGACUCGCACGCCAGCAAGGUGAGCGUGCUGACUGUCCACAUUGACUAGUCAAGCUCGUGCUGGGAUGAAGUCACCCUCGAGCUUGCUCGUACUCCCGAGCCCAAAAAUAAUUUCGGCAAGGUACCGGUGUGCUGUUCUACUAUAGAGCUUUCUAGCUAGGAUCCACUGUCUGCUAUAACGAUGGCAGAUAAAUAGUAGGAUCUGUCUGCCCUUCUUCUGAUCACUCAUCACCAGCAGCAGCAGCAUCUACACUACAGAACAACAAGAACCAGACCAAACACUUCAAAACCAACCCAAAUAGUCAAGAUGCAAUUCCCAACGCUCGCACUCCUCGGCCUCGCCGGAUCUGCUCUCGCAGCACCAGCACCACAGCAGGACGACCAAAUCCCAACUUUCGGCCAACCCUUCGGCAUCGAAGCCGAGGGCGAAGGGCUCUCAUACGCCCAAAUCCGCGCCGUCAACGGCCGCCUCAUGAUCGGAGGCGAGCAGACCGCAACCUGCGAGGGUGGCCAAAGUCAAGACUUCGCAACCUUCGCCCUGUACUCCGACAAACGCCUCUACAUGUACACCAACUCCAACCCAGUCCAAAACGUCUGGGUCGACGCCUCCGGCAUGGGCCAAGGAAUCACUGGAUACUCCUCUCCAGACAGACUCGGCAACCGCUUCUCCAUUGAGCCUUUCUACAUCUCUCAGGAAGGUGCCCUCACUUUCGACAACACUCCUGCAAAGGCUUGCCCUGCGCUUGAGAAGGAUCAGUACACCAUCUGGUUCAGCAACGCUGAGAAGCCAGCUUACCAAGAGGGCUGCAUUGAGGUCCAAUUGAAGACUUACUACGCUCCUGCUCGCAUUGCUUGCAACUACACCGAGUCCGCAUAAAUUAUUGCGAAUUAAAGACCGUUCAGAGCAUGGAAGAUUUGACUUAUUGUGAGCAUUCCUCAGAAGCAUAGCGACGGAAAAGAUAGAGCAGGAAAAUUUGUACAAAAAGCAAUGAGCAAAUGUGUAAAAUAGUCAAUGUGAAAAAUAGAUCAUGACAUGUCACUCUUUACACGUCUGAACACUAUCGUAUGGCUUUUAACGUCUCAAAGAUCGUUCGUUUC